GAAAAGGGAUACACACAUAUCACCGAACAAAAUCUGCCUUGUUCCAGUAGAUCAACCUGCAUCGGCAUCUCCUGCUCCCUCCUUAAUUUUCCCUCCAAAGGAAAAGCAUCUCUCGCCGUCUCUCCCGCGCAUAGGCCAUCAUCAUCAUCAUAGCCUUCGACUAAACUAAACUGAAAGCCAGCCAGCGCCUUUUCUUCCGUUGCUCCAUCGCCAUGGCUCCCAAUCCCAAACCGCAACCGCCUCUUCGUCUUCUUCCCCUCGUCCUGCUCUGCCUAUCCCCGGCAUGCGCCGCCGGGAGAGUCCCGGUUUCGGUCUACUACGAGACGCUGUGCCCGUUCUGCUCCGCGUUUGUCGUGAACGACCUCUCCAGGGUCUUCCGCAACGGGAUCUCCUCCAUUGCUGACCUGCGGCUCGUCCCUUUCGGCAAUGGGCGUGUCUCCGCCGACGGGACCAUCACUUGCCAGCAUGGAGAGGAGGAGUGCCAACUCAACGCCAUAGAAGCUUGUGUGAUCAGAAUAUGGCCUGAUGCGGAACAGCAUUUCCCUUUCAUUCAAUGUGUUGAGCAUUUAGCACUGACUCGGAAAUGGGACGCCUGGCAGGCUUGCUUUCAGGAAACUGGUCUCCCAUAUCAACCUGCUAUUGACUGCUACAACUCAGGAUAUGGCAGGCAGCUCGUACUCCAGUAUGCUGCCGAGACAAAUGCUCUGCAGCCUCCUCAUCAGUUUGUACCUUGGGUGGUCGUCAACGGCAAACCACUCGGUGAUGAUUACAUGAACUUUGAGGCCUACAUCUGCAGCGCUUAUGAUGGCAAGCUUCCAGAGGCAUGCAAGGGGAAGCACCUAGCAAUUGCUCAAGAGACGAAAGCCAGCAGAGGAGACAAGAGGAAUGCACACGAGGUGGUCAUCGCACUUGCCAUUUGUAUCGCCCUAUGGCUAUGAAGCACCUUCCCAUCAAGUUCAAAAUCCAGUUUUCCGAAGCAAACAGAUCCUGGAGCUAGCCCAAUAGAGUAACAGAUAAGACAUAGGAGUACUAACACAGAAACCUGUAAAUUUCUUCAGCCACAGAGUGGAGGCAGGCAAGCAUAUUGCUUCGGUCUGCAUUUGUUUAGCUGUAAAGAUCACUGACUCAUUGAACCAGAAAAACGUUACGAUCGUUCUACUGGCAAACAUGUCAGUGAGUUGUAACAGAACCUUAACUCUAACAAGAGCCUCUACAUCUAGCUCUUAUUUCA